GACAGUCCGCAGCCCUGAGAAGGUGGAAAUACAAAAAGGAAAAUUCCACAGUUUUGGUCUUUUUUUUCUGAUUCCGCAGAAGGUUCUUCUGCGUUUACGCCAUCGACAACUUCAUCCAAACGCGUUCACCCUCUUUCCCCAAUUACAUCCUUACAAAACCGAAAUCCUCCAAACGAAAUCAAUCUUUUAGGGUUUCUAACAUUCCAAUCGCAAAGUAAUAAUUUUUUUAAAAAAAUCCCAAACUUACUUCAAAUUCAAUCGCACUGCUGCUUUAUAGGGCUCCAAGUUCGUCUAUGCAAGAGAAACAAUAAGAAGGAAAUCGAAUAGAAGAUGUAUAGUAAUUUCAAGGAGCAAGCGAUAGAGUACGUGAAGCAAGCGGUGCAGGAGGACAACAAUGGCAACUACGCCAAGGCCUUCCCUCUCUACAUGAACGCCUUGGAGUACUUCAAGACCCACCUCAAGUACGAGAAGAACCCUAAGAUCAAGGAGGCUAUCACGCAGAAAUUCACCGAGUACCUUCGUCGUGCCGAGGAGAUCCGUGCUGUUCUUGACGACGGUGGGACUGGGCCUGCCUCCAACGGGGACGCGGCCGUUGCCACCAGGCCCAAGACCAAGCCCAAGGACGGAGAAGGAGGCAGCGGAGGUGGGGACGGGGAGGAUCCCGAGCAGGCCAAGCUGAGGGCGGGUUUGAACUCUGCCAUCAUUAGGGAGAAGCCUAACGUCAAGUGGAAUGACGUGGCGGGUUUGGAGAGCGCCAAGCAGGCGUUGCAGGAGGCGGUUAUCUUGCCCGUUAAGUUUCCUCAAUUCUUCACUGGUAAAAGACGGCCUUGGAGAGCUUUUUUGUUGUACGGACCACCCGGAACUGGUAAAUCAUAUUUGGCCAAGGCUGUUGCAACAGAAGCUGACUCUACAUUUUUCAGUGUUUCUUCAUCGGACUUGGUUUCAAAGUGGAUGGGUGAAAGUGAAAAGCUAGUUUCAAAUCUUUUCCAAAUGGCCCGGGAUAGUGCACCUUCUAUCAUAUUUGUUGAUGAAAUAGAUUCGCUAUGUGGUCAGCGUGGAGAAGGCAAUGAGAGUGAAGCUUCUAGACGAAUUAAAACUGAACUUCUGGUGCAGAUGCAGGGUGUAGGAAACAAUGACCAGAAAGUUCUUGUUCUUGCAGCAACGAAUACACCUUAUGCUCUUGACCAGGCCAUAAGGCGGCGUUUUGAUAAGCGUAUAUACAUUCCACUACCAGAUUUGAAAGCCCGCCAACACAUGUUCAAGGUGCAUCUAGGCGAUACACCUCAUAACUUGAGCGAGAGUGAUUUUGAACACUUGGCACGCAAGACAGAGGGAUUUUCAGGUUCAGAUAUAUCUGUUUGUGUGAAGGAUGUUUUAUUUGAACCCGUUCGCAAAACCCAAGAUGCCAUGUUUUUCUUUAAGGAUCCUGAGGGUAUGUGGAUCCCAUGUGGACCAAAGCAACAGGGUGCAAUACAAAUCACAAUGCAAGACCUUGCCGCAAAAGGACUUGCUGCUAAGAUCCUUCCGCCACCUAUAUCGAGAACAGAUUUCGACAAGGUGCUUGCUAGACAAAGGCCUACUGUAAGCAAAGCUGAUCUCGACGUACAUGAGAGAUUCACAAAGGAGUUUGGAGAGGAGGGUUAAUCGUGAUGGAAUUUCACUUUGGAGAUUCACACCCGUUUAAGCAUAUUAUGAUUUGUAAUUUACUUAACCAUUGGAGCAAGUGAAAUGAAUCUUUUUACAUUCAGUUCUGGGGAUGAUUAAAUCCCCAAGUCUACGGAAAUGGAUUUAUAAAAGCGGAUACUCAUUUUGCUUCUCCUGAAUUGUGUAUAAGAACAGAAUCUGAAAUGAUCAGAAAAAUAACUUGCGUGUGAUUCUGGUUUUGUACUUGCA